CUGAGGACUUUGGACGUAGAUUGGGGGCAAAAUCUGGAGAGACAUUUGGUUUUAAAAAGUUCCUGGGUGGCCGGGAGUGGUGGCACACGCCUGCCAUCUGAGCGCUUGGGAAGCAGAGGCAGGAGAAUGCCGCCUUCAACAAACACCUUGACUUUGAGGUUGGCUUAGGCUAUAAAGUGAGUUCCAGGCCAACCUGAGCUACAAAGAGAAGAUUCUCUCAAAGACCAAAUACGUAAAUAAAUAAUUAAUGAAAAGAUCCCCUGUGGAGUUAGUGUCGGGAGAGGCUUCGGUGGAGUCGCUGCUCCCAGCUCAGGCACUAACAAUGGACACCCAGAAAGACGUUCAGCCCCCAAAGCAGCAGCCGAUGAUAUAUAUUUGUGGAGAAUGUCACACAGAAAAUGAAAUCAAGUCCAGAGAUCCAAUCAGAUGCAGAGAGUGUGGAUACAGAAUAAUGUACAAGAAGAGGACGAAAAGACUGGUGGUCUUUGAUGCUAGAUGAAAAGUGGGGAUUCAGGAGUGUCUUCGUUCAUAUAUUUACCCAUUGGUGUUCUCUCUUACAGCUUUUGACUUAGCUUACUUAUGACUACAACUGUAAACCUAUGGUUUCAUUUUAGAAAUGUGAUUGUAUUUUGAUACUUUGUAUAAAGGAAUUUUUGGUUUAACAUGGCUUUUAAUUUAUUAUGCUCUUAAUCUCUCACACAAUGAAGAUUAAAAUUAUUUCCCCAAACCA